AUGUCGGCCCGUCCUUCGUCGACCACCAGCACCUCCUCUCUCCCUCUCAUGGCACCUCCCUUCCUCCGUUUGACCUCACCUCCCUUCCCCCUUCCCUCUCAUUCCGCCAUCUACCAUCAUUCCAACUCUCACUCCACCAUAUACGGCCGUUCCGCCUCUCGUUCCGCCGUCUACCGCCAUUCCGCCUCUCGUUCCGCCGUCUACCGCCAUUCCGCCUCUCGUUCCGCCGUCUACCGACAUUCCGCCUCUCGUUCCGCCGUCUCCCGCCAUUCCGCCUUGCAUUCCACCAUUUGUCGCCAUUCCGCCAUCUACCGCCAUUACGCCUUGCAUUCCGCCAUCUACCGCCAUUCCGCCUCUCGUUCCGCCAUCUACCGCCAUUAUACCUUGCAUUCCGCCAUCUACCGCCACUCCACCAUCUACCGCCAUUCCGCCUCUCUUUCCGCUAUCUACCGCAAUUCCGCCUCUCGUCCCGCCAUCCUCCGCCAUUCUGGCUCUCAUUCCGCCAUUUACCGCCAUUCCACAUCUCUUUCCGCUAUAUACCGUCAUUCCGCCUCUCGUUCCGCCAUCUACUACCAUUCCGUCUCUUAUUCCGCCAUCUACCACCAUUCCGCCAUGCUCAUCCAUAAGGAAUUAUCCCGCAAACCCGUCGAGCUCACCUACUAA